UAAAAGCCCUAACAGACGUGACAUAAGGUUGAAACUUGAAAUUUUCUCAUGUCUGUAUUUAAAUUCGUGUUCACUGCUACACUAUACAAUGAACGAAUAAAGUCAAGGUUAUUCGAUUAAAUUAAACAUAACCUGUUCAAUAAUAGUUGUUACUUGUUAGCACAGCUGACAGCAGUGGCUACAAAUUGAAAUUUGAAUCCGAUCCUUCGACCAUAGUAAUAAAAUUAAAAUAUUUAGUAUCUAGUAUUUAUUGGUAGGCAGGUACUGUGAUUACUGAAACGGUUACGGAUUGCAAGGUUAACAAUGUGCGGCAUAUGGGCAACAUUUGGAAUAAAGGGAGGGCUGUCACCAACCUGUAUUAAAUGCUUUUCCAAUAUUGUGCACCGCGGUCCUGAUGCGUGGCGUAUCGAGCAAGAUGCUCGUGAACAGCUGGUCGUAUUAGGAUUCCACAGGCUUGCUAUUGUCGAUGGUCUGCAUGGUAUGCAACCUAUGCGCCUACAUAAGUAUCCCCGCGUCACUCUCAUUUGCAACGGUGAAAUAUAUAACUACAAGAGACUGGGCGAGCAAUAUGCCUUUCCUUACGAAACCAACUGCGACGUCGAAGCAAUAAUACAUUGUUACAAAAAAUUUGGAAUUGCUGAAACUGUUAGACAGCUCGAUGGAGUGUUCGCUUUCUGCCUCGUCGAUGGUGAUGAAAGAAAAGUGUUUAUAGCCAGGGACCCUUAUGGUGUUCGGCCUCUUUUCAAAUUGAGCGAUGAGACAAACGGUGUUAUGGCUAUUUGUUCCGAAGCUAAAGGCCUUAUUGGCCUAAAACAAAAAUCCGCCAAUGGGUCGUUCCUUGGUCAGUUUAAGCCUGGACAUUUUGAAGAAUGGAGUAUUUUAGAUGACAACACGGUAAAACAAGUCAAAACUGAACAAUACUUUCAGCCAGGUACACCUCCAAAAUUCGUACCAUAUGUUUCUGAAAUUGGGCUUAACGUUGACGUUUAUGAAAAAACUGCUUUGUUAUUAGAAGCGGCGUGUAAAAAGCGCCUAAUGUCCGAUAGACGUAUAGGCUGCUUUUUAAGCGGGGGCUUAGACUCAUCACUUGUAGCAGCUCUAGUUGUUAAAUUAGCAAAAGAAAUCAACUUGCCAUAUGACAUACAAACAUUCGCCAUCGGUAUGGGUGAUUCUCCAGAUAUAAUUGCUGCUCGGACAGUAGCUCAAUAUAUUGGCUCAGAACAUCAUGAAGUAAUAUUUGACGAAGCCGACGUCAGAGAACAUAUAGACGACGUCAUUUAUCAUUUGGAAACUUUUGAUAUAACUACUAUACGGGCAAGCCUACCUAUGUAUCUUUUAUCUAGAUAUAUUAAACAAAAAACAAACACCACUGUAUUAUUCAGUGGUGAAGGCGCUGAUGAAUUAGCACAAGGAUAUAUAUAUUUCAGGGAUGCUCCAACUUCAACGGAUGGACACGAAGAAAGUGUUCGAUUGUUAUCAGAUAUUUACUUGUAUGACGGUCUGAGAGCAGAUAGAACAACUAGUGCAUUUAGCUUAGAACUAAGAGUACCCUUCCUCGAUAUCCAGUUUACUAGCCACUAUCUAAGUAUAGACUCUUUAUUAAGACAACCUCAGGAAGGCGUCGAAAAACAUCUUCUUCGAAAGAGUUUCGCAAACAGUAAACUUAUACCAGAUUCAAUACUUUGGAGACACAAAGAAGCAUUUAGUGAUGGAGUCGCUUCUAUCAAGAAAUCUUUGUUUACAACAAUUUCAGAAAUAGUUACAGAAAGAUUGCCAUCUAAUGAGACUGUAUAUACGAGUGGUGUUCCUCCCAUUACACCUGAAGCAAAAUAUUAUAGGUAUAUUUUUGAAAAAUCAUUUCCAGAUCAAUAUAACUUUACACCUUAUUAUUGGAUGCCAAAAUGGGUACAAGUGACGGAUCCUUCAGCGCGAUUUAUUAAACAUUAUGCUGCAAAGUCGUGAAUAAAUGAUUAUUUAAAAAAAUUGACUUAUCAAUAAAUACUAUUUUUACAAAA